UCAAUGAAGCGAGGACGUUUGUUGUGAGAUUUGUUUCCUAUUAUUUCGCCUUCCGUCGUUAAUUAAUUCUGUGUAAUGUAACUAAUUAGAUAGAAAAUAAAUCUUUUUUACUUUAACCUAGAUAGUGCUCGAGGAUUUUUUUUCUAAUUGUUUAGAUGUAGAAAUAGUAGAAUGUUUCUCAAGCGUAUACUGUUCCCUGUGUUCUGCCUUAGUAUAAAAGUUUUCCCGUGGGUGGUGUGUGAGGAGGUGGAAAUAAGGGAUAUAGCGGCGGACAAGGGUACAAAUGUGACCAUACCGUGCGGGGGACUCCUGAAACUGCCGUCUUCUAACGUGCAGUGGGUCCACAGAGGCAACCGAACACAUCAUGAAGUCCUGGUGGACGGCAGCCUGUUCUUGGCACACAUCGGCGUGGAUGACGCGGGUCUCUACGAGUGCAGCGUGGAGAACGAGACGGCAUACGUGGAUAGAGUCAACCUGACAGUCAGAACGGAGCCUCCCCCGCUGGUAAACGUGACGGUCCACGCGUCCACCAUCCUGGCGCUGAUAUUAUGGAACGUGGCAGGUGAUGGAGGACACCCCAUCAUCGACUUCACGGCGCAGUACCGCUCCGCGACACCCGUCAACGGCACCAUCGAGCCGUGGCGCCCCAUCAGUCCCAACCACAUCAGCCCCAACUCGCGGCAAAUCGACGUGUACCAUCUGGACACGAACGCGUCGUACUGGUUCCGCGUGUGGGCCACCAACGCCUUGGGCCCUGGCCCGCCGGUGGAGGUCCUCGCCACCACGCUCUACAGCGACCAGGAGGCAGAGCUGUAUAAGCACUUCCUGGAAGGCGCGGAGUCGUUCGACCCGCGCACGUGGCUGGCGGCCGUGUGCGUGGUGAUGGGCACGCUGGCCGUGCUGGCGGCCGGCACGUGCGCCGUGCUGUGCCGCGAGUGGCGCCGACACGAGUACGAUGAAGAUCAAGAUGUGAUGGAGCUAGUGCCUAAUAUAAUCCUUAAUCCCGGGUUUAUGGAGAACGACCCUGUGCCACGGGACAUGCCUUCAUACGCGGCCUCCAUCAUCAAGUCCACGGAGUGCCCAGGGCCAGGGAAGCCCCGGCGAGUCUGAUUCUCGUCUUACCUUAACCUUAGAAUAUUCUAUCGCACCGAUUCAGGACUUAUGUCAUGAUUUUAAAUGUCAGUUAGGUGUUCAAAUUGCCGAUGGACUUUGGGAAGGUAGCGAGGUUGUAACAGCUUAGCCAAAAAGAAAAAAUAGUGAGGGUAUUUUCAUAAUCAACAAUCUCAUCAUCAGGAUAAGGCCUGACAAAAGUCUUCGAAGCAUUUGAUCGAACCUGAAAUUGGGUUGGUUUCCUCCUCGGGUCUGUAAAAAACUGAACCUGUCGUUAACUUUAGUGAAAAGGACUUAUCGAAAUUACCUGAACUAUUUUCUUUUUUGGCUAAUCUGCACAUCAUUCGCUCAAAACCGCGUAGAGCAAGACUGCGUUAUCGUAAUACGAAUAAGUCUGACAUUACAAUUCUCAUUUAUGAAAGUAUAUCAAAGCUUUGCUAAUGACAUGCUUACACAAUGCCCGAUUCACAUUAUAGCAGUAAGGUUACCAGUCCAAGUAUUCAAUACACCGCUGGAAUGUUCCUGAAAUAAUUUAUUAAUUGUACACAACAGGUUACAGACAUAUACAUCGCAUAAUUAGGUAAUACGUUAAAGGUUCGGAUUAUAACCCAACAAAUAAUACGAGGAAUAAUGUGAUCUAGCGCUGGAAUGUAAAAAAUAAAUAAAAAUACAUUUAUUUCUCCAGUAUUUUACAAUAACAAAAUUGUGUACCUCCCAGUAAGCAAUGCUCGUGUUGGCAGUGACCACGCUGCUUCCGAGGGUUACAAUUUAAAUAUAAACACUUUUUUUAAUAAUGUGAAAAUGAACACGCUGCAAUGGACAAAUUUCAGUACCUAUUUGAAUAUUUUGAAUCCAGCUCUGGGAUUUCUCUGGAAUAUGGUGGACUAGAACUGCAGUGCGUUUGAAUGUUCCGGCACUGGAUUACUAGAAAAUGUAAACCAGCACUGAAAUAAGCGCGUUCCUUUGUUGGUUCACAUUUAUCCAGCAACUUUACAAAGCUGGAUUCAAACGCUGGAUGGAAUGCUUACUGGAAUAAUAUGGAUCAGGCAUAACAUUUUACUCAAAAAGCCUUUUGUAAAAAUCGAAAAGGUCAUAAGACAUAUUAAACAAUAAAAAUUAGUUAAAAUAUAAAGACUUAUAAAGAAUAGAAUUGAGAACAUACAAUACUAAUUUAAUAAUACAGUCAUUGUGUGUAAAAGAUACUAAAACAUACUUCAAGUAAAAGUGGCGCCAAGAUUGGAUAGUAAUAACGCCAAGCGGAAAACCGGCAAUUUUUUGACAGUUCUGACGUUCCUGUAAACAUUAUGGCGCCACUAGAGUGUGUUUAUAAUCUGUGAAUUCACUAUCUAACAGCAAGUGUACAAUGUAUUGUUAAACAGGGGGUUAAAAAGGCCACAUCGAAGCAAUUCGUCUAAAAAUUAUAAUAUAUAUAGUUAUAUAUAUAAAACUAUUUGAAAUUUGCGUGCAUUGCGCACUUACUUUUAUGAGCGCAAAUGUCAAAUUGCAAAAUUGUUUUUUUAAAUGAAUUGCAUGUGGCUUUUCUAACCCCCAGGGUAAAGUAAUUUGUUGAUUCAUCUGACAGGCUUUUUGUAUUAGCUAUAAUAAAUUUAAUGUAAAAGGAAUAAAACACGAAUUUCUUGUAAUUAAUAAAUUUUUUUAAAAGUCUGCCAGAUUUAUCUAUAAACAAUUUCAGCCAGAAGAAUCGCCCAGCAUUGUUAAUUGCCUGGGGGGCAUUGUUAAUUCCCAGCCAAGUUGCAAACGAUUAUGACAAUCGACAGUGACAGUGAUAAAAUGUUUGAGAUUGACGAAUCAGAAUCAUCAACUUGGUGAAGUUCAAUUUAACAUAUUUUAAUCUACGUCAUUUCGAAAGUUCUUAUGGCUGAGGAGAAGAAAUGACAAGAAACUGCAAAGGCAACACAUCUUUUAAAUCAACGUAUGUAUACAUUACAAGUUAUUUAAUAACUAGAGAAACACAUUUACUACCAGGUAUUUUUAUCAUUUAGGUAAUCAUUAAUCUUAUAAUGAGAUUUUUUACAUAAAUUAAGCUGCAUAUGAGCUUAAAUUUAUUUUCUGACAAAUUCAAAAUACUGUCUGGUAUUUUAUUGUAAAAACGUAUGAACUUGGCUUGACACGCUGCCGCGUGUCUAGAUACAUAACUCCAAAAAAGACGAUUUCAAUGCAGUUAGUCUAGAAGAGAACGUAAGAUAACAUAUCAAUCCCAUAUAUUUUAUCACUGGCACUAAGAUUGUAAUAAUCGUUUUUAACUUGGCUAAGGCCCCAGCUGAGUUUCAAUACUAUUCUUUAUUUAUGCAUUUUUUAUUGACGUCACAUGAGCAUGAACAAAAUCAUGUCAUAAUUGCGACAAACGAAAGGGGUAAUGCGGAACAUAUCAGUCAGUGGUAAUCAUUUUAAAUCGGCGUGAUAGAAUAAUCUGUAGGUUGGUUGUAGCUAGCUUGCUCGAAUUCGACUGUGUAACGUACGAGUGCUGAUGUUGUCCCAAAAAUGUUAUCAGUUACAAAAAAUAAGGUUUUUAAAAUUAGAAGUAGUCCAAUAGGCUAGAUGUUGAAAAAUAUAUAAUAAUGAUGUUCAAUUAUUAAAUGCCGUUAUCUAUUGUGUGUAUUCGAAAAGCAGCUAAAAGUACUUGAAAUUAUCUAGUGAUAAUGUAACGUAAUGGUGUCCAGUUUUGGGAAAACAUUCCAGCAUAAACUAGCUUAAACCUAAUCAUUGAGAGAGAUCAUUUCUAGUAAUAUAAGCGUUUGGAAGUCGAGUCAGGGUUGCCAGCACUAAAAAUUGUAUCGAUUGAGUAGUAUUUACUAAAUGCUUUAACCUUUUUUUCUACGACACUUGCAUUUACUUUUGAUAAAAUAUUUAUACUAUAGUAAUAAGUCUGAAACUUGACGCUUUAUUUAAUGGCAACCCAGACGCGAGCGUACUUUUGAAUCAUAUUGCUUACCGUUCGAAAGAUUGUUAAUGUUACUAGCUGUAAAAAUGGUAAUUUUAAUUAAGGUAUAUAUUUUUUGCAACAUUAGAUAAUAUUUUUAUAACAUGAUCUCAGGUAUUUAAGGCAUUCAUAUUGGGAGGUAAGUUUUAUUUUUAAUUGUGAUUUUGUGCUGUGAUUGAUUUUGUUUUGGUUCAAAUUGUGAUUUGUAACUGUAAGCGUAAGUGUAUAUAAUUAUUUUUAAUAUCAUUUGGAGACUGGUGCGAAGGUUUAGGAUAAUAAUUAUAAUUAUUAUAUAGUAUAGGGAUAGAGCAAGCUUCGUUAGAAGCGUGCGAAGCGCUUCGUAUGUUUAAGCGUAAACAGGUUCUGCUGUCACUCGAUGAUUGUGAAGAAGAUGAAACAACGAAAAGGAGCGGAGGUAGUCAGAUAACUGGUAUAGAAACGCAUACCGUCGCCUUAUAAUGAAAACUUCGUAAGAACUUGUUUUGAAAAAUCACAUUCUGGUAACGAUUUUCUUCCAAUAAAACCUCGAUAUAUUAUCCUUAGCGCUUCGCUUGCCUCGACUUGGCGGGGCACUACCGCGCCCCCAGAUUAUAAAAGGUAAAAACUGAGACUAUAAUGUUUUUUUUUACCUGGAUUAUAAAAGAC